AUGCAGAUCUUUGUUAAGACUUUAACUGGGAAGACGAUUACUCUGGAGGUGGAACCUACGGAUUCUGUUGAUACGGUGAAGGCUAAGAUUCAUGACAAGGAAGGCAUCCCUCCUGAUCAGCAGCGUCUGAUUUUUGCUGGUAAGCAAUUGGAGGAGGGUAGGACGUUAUCGGAUUAUAAUAUCCAGAAAGAAAGUACGUUGCACCUUGUGCUGCGUUUGAGAGGAGGAAUGCAGAUCUUUGUCAAGACGUUAACUGGUAAGACGAUUACCCUGGAAGUGGAGCCCACGGACACGAUUGACGUUGUUAAGGCCAAGAUUCAGGACAAGGAAGGCAUCCCUCCUGAUCAACAGCGUCUGAUUUUCGCGGGCAAACAGCUCGAUGAAGGUAGAACGUUGUCCGAUUACAACAUUCAGAAGGAAAGCACACUGCACCUUGUGCUCCGUUUGAGAGGUGGAAUGCAAAUCUUCGUCAAAACCUUGACUGGCAAGACGAUUACUCUCGAAGUCGAACCAACGGACUCUGUCGAUACCGUUAAGGCCAAGAUUCAAGACAAAGAAGGUAUUCCCCCGGACCAACAGCGUCUGAUUUUCGCUGGUAAGCAACUGGAUGAGGGUCGGACAUUAGCCGAUUACAACAUCCAGAAAGAAAGCACUAUUCAUCUCGUCUUGAGACUGAGAGGAGGUGAAACUGCCGACUUAACGGCAGCGUGA